AUGCCAGGAUUCAUCCCAGAAUGGACCGUUCAGCUGGAUCUGAGCCAUAGCAAAUUGCAGGUGCUUGACAAUGCUUUGUUUGCCAAACUACAACAUCUGACUGAAAUAAAACUGAACCACAACGAACUGGAGGCGAUACCUGACUUGGGCCUUGCAGCUCAGAACAUCACCACGCUCAUUGUAGCAAACAACAAGAUCUCCAAGAUCUCUAUGGAGCAGCUCAGGCCCUUUCCUGCUCUGGAAACCCUGGACCUCAGCAACAACAACAUUGUGGACUUAAAGGCCAACUCCUUCCCUUCGCUGCUCCUCAAAAACCUGUUUCUAAACAACAAUCGUAUUUCUUCUCUGGAGUCUGGCUGCUUCACAAACCUGUCCAGCAGCCUGCAAGUGUUACGCCUGAACCGCAAUCGUCUGUCCUCCAUCCCUGCAAAAAUCUUCCAGCUCGCCAACCUCCAGCAUCUAGACCUGAGCAGAAACCGCAUUCGUAGAGUUGAAGGUUUAACUUUUCAUGGUCUUCACAAUCUGAGGUCUCUCAAGAUGCAGAGGAAUGGCUUGAGUCGCCUCAUGGAUGGAGCUUUUUGGGGCCUCAGCAACAUGGAAGUUUUACAGUUGGAUUACAACAACCUGACGGAGGUGAGCAAAGGCUGGCUGUACGGGCUGCUGACCCUGCACCAGCUCCACCUCAGCCACAACGCCGUCAGCCGGAUCCGACCGGACGCCUGGGAGUUCUGCCAAAAACUCAACGAGCUAAACCUGUCAUCCAACCAUCUGUCUCGACUUGAAGAAUCCAGUUUCGUGGGCCUGAGUUUACUGGACCAGUUGCACAUCGGCAACAACCGAGUGAGCUUCAUCGCAGACGGUGCUUUCAAGGGCCUCUCCAGUCUCCAGAUGCUGGACCUUCAAAAUAAUGAAAUCUCCUGGACCAUCGAGGACAUGAACGGCCCCUUCUCUGCUCUGGACAAGCUCAAGAAACUAUUUCUGCAGGGAAACCAAAUCCGUUCGGUGACCAAGAAGUCUUUCUCUGGGCUGGACGCUCUACAGCACCUGGAUUUGAGCAACAACGCUAUCAUGUCUCUCCAAGCAAAUGCCUUUUCGCAAAUGAAAAACCUGCAGGAGCUGCGUCUCAACACCUCCAGCCUCUUGUGCGACUGCCAGCUCAAGUGGUUCCCCGUGUGGGUGGUGGAGCAGAGUUUCCUGUCCUGCGUCAACGCCAGCUGUGCCCACCCGCAAAUGCUGAAGGGCAGGAGCGUGCUGUCUGCCGGCCAAGAGGACUUUGUGUGCGAUGACUUUCCGAAGCCUCAGAUCACAGUUCAGCCAGACACGCAGUCAGCUCUUAAAGGUGGAAACGUAACAUUUGUCUGCUCCGCUGCGAGCUCCAGUGACUCCCCCAUGACUUUUGCCUGGAAAAAAGACAAUGAGGUUCUGAACAACGUAGAAAUCUACAACCAGGCCCACCUCAGGGUGCAGGGAGGAGCAGGGGGAGACACGGAGGUGACAGAGUAUACCACCACACUACAGCUGCGCAAUGUUGACUUUUCCACUGAAGGCAAAUACCAGUGUGUCAUCUCCAACCAUUUUGGGUCAUCAUACUCCACCAAGGCCAGGCUCACUGUCAACAUGCUUCCUUCCUUCACUAAAAUGCCCAUGGACCUGAGUAUAAGAGCCGGGGCCACAGCGCGACUGGAGUGUGCUGCGGUGGGGCACCCCUCGCCUCAGAUCGCGUGGCAGAAAGACGGAGGCACAGACUUCCCAGCCGCUCGUGAACGCCGCAUGCACGUGAUGCCCGAGGAUGACGUAUUCUUCAUUGUUGAUGUCAAAACGGAGGACAUUGGGGUUUACAGCUGUACUGCCCAGAACACAGCAGGAGCCAUCUCUGCCAAUGCCACUCUGACUGUGCUCGAAACGCCAUCCUUCCUGAGGCCUCUCAUGGACCGCACUGUGGUGAAAGGUGAAACCGCCGUCCUGCAGUGCAUCGCUGGGGGCAGCCCUCCUCCCAAACUCAACUGGACCAAAGACGACAGCCCCUUAACGGUCACAGAGCGCCACUUUUUUGCUGCCGCCAACCAGCUCCUCAUCAUUGUGGACGCUGCUGAAGCCGACGCGGGCAAAUACACGUGUGAGAUGUCCAACGCGCUCGGCACCGAGAGAGGGAACGUGCGCUUGUCUGUGUUGCCGAACCCCAACUGUGAUCCAGGGGUCCAAGGCGGGGUGGGUGUGGGCAUCAUGGGAGUGGGCAGCUCAGAUGAAGACACUUGGGCCACUGUGGGAAUCGUGAUCAUAGCGGUGGUGUGCUGCGUUGUGGGCACCUCGCUGGUCUGGGUGGUCAUCAUCUAUCACACGCGAAGAAGGAGCGAGAGCUGCAGCGUCACUAAUACAGACGAGACCAACCUGCCUGCAGACAUCCCUAGCUACCUCUCCUCCCAGGGCACCCUCGCUGAUCGGCAGGACGGGUAUAUCCCAUCAGAGAGCGGCAGCAGUCAUCAAUACAGCGGCUUCUAUCUCCAAUCCAAAGACAUGAAUGGCCUCUGUCAGCUCGACACAGGAAGUGAGACAGAUUUGGAAGCAGUGAUUGACCCCCUGCUCUGCCACUAUCAAGGGCCUAUCGGGUCCCUGUUGAGACGGGACAACUUGUACCCCAUCGAGCCCUCUGAUGUUUACGCAAGCUAUUCAAUUGAUCAAAAGCCUCUUUGCGUGGAGUUGACUGACAGUCUGCCCAGCUCCAAGCGAAGGGACUACAGACUCGCUGAUGCUUUCGACCUUUGCUCCUCCUCGGUGCCAAAGCUGGUGCCCAACGGCAGCUUCCACCACGACACAACACCGCAGCACAGUGAGCGCCAUCUAUCUGUGGACGAAGGAGAGGAAAAUGAUUAUGGAACAGAUUGCCCCCCUCCCUAUAGCACCUUUAUGGGCACAUUUGGAAAAGCUCCAUGGAGACCACAGCAGGACCUCUAUCCAGGUUUCAUGCCUCCCCCGGUGACCCUCAACGGGAUGACGCUCCAUGAAAACCCCUACACCGCUCCGGACUCGGACUCGGAGCCGGACCGGCCCCUGAGAGACUCGUACACAGAUCAGAGCGUAUAUGAACAGCCGUAUGACAACAGCAGGACUGAUUCCAACUCACACAGCAGAGGCAGCACUUAG